AUGACUAAGGGUUACAUUUUGUUUAUGGAUAAUGAGAGUUCCUACGAAGUUACCUUUAGUUGGACACAAUCAGAGUUAAAAAAGAAUGAUCGUGUUUUUCAAUGUGGGACUGCUACUUGUAAAUUUGUAGCAGACUCUGGAGAAUUUUCUGAACA